AUGGUACCAAUUCCUAAAAUUCCUGAAACAGCUGAGGAGUAUCAAACGAUAGUCAAAUAUCUUCGGUCAGAAACUUUCUCAGAUAGCAUUCUGAAAAGCCCCAUCACCCCCACUGCACGAUCCAACUUC